CACGACUUAAAUUGACCUAACAUCCUUGUUUAAAACUGUAUCCGCCACCUCAUCCCCACUAAUGGCCAUUUACAUGAUAUCAACUCCAUAACAGUUACUUCGAUGGUUGCAAGCCUCCUCCAAUCCCAUCCAUGGCUGCCUCGAGGUGCUACUGCUACUCGGUUAGUGCAGUCGUCGUUCCGAGGAAGAAGAGCUCAAGGACUCUGAUCGGGGCCUCCAUGGAUAGCUGCUCAAGUUCUGAAUCCAAGAGGGUCUCCAAUUCUGUCAGCUUCAACAGCAAGGUCAACAAGGUUUAUGAGGACAAGAACAUGGGGAUCCUCUGCUACACUGAUGAGAACGGCGAAUUGCUGUGCGAAGGACUCGACGAAGGCCCCAGGAUGACCUGGCAAGACAUGGAGAAACUGAGAAAGGAGAAGGAAACGAAGGCUGAGGAAGAUCCGCGGCGGAGGACGCUGCCGGCAGCGGGCGGGAUCGACUGGAGCUGCCUCCAGGCUGCUGUUAGCAUGGGGAAGAACUGAAAAUUAAGGAAGCUGACAAGCUUAGUCCGGUAGAUAAAAAUUUACGGUGCUGUUUCUUGUUGUGUAGAAAUUACAUGGUGUGCUUACUUUUGUGUGUAUUAUAACUGUAGGUUUCCAUGUCUGCCUGCUUUGCUUGCUCUGUAAUAAGGAUCUUUGUGCCUAGGAUUACUGGGGACAGCAGGAGCUGAUCCAGCUGGUUAUCUCCCAGUCUCUGGUGGAUAAGAAAGCAUGUCCCGAUUAGCUUGGAAUCAGUUUCGGUUGCCUUGAGUUGAAGUUUAUGGGCCAUUUCAAGUAAAAAUUCUGGUUCAUAAUUAUUUAA